AUGUGCGCCGAACGUGGCUGCCAUCCUAUGCAAGACCGUUCCGCCCUCCAGUCGUGUGCCACGCUUCUCGUACCAUGCCAGACCCGUCUUUCCGUGGUCGCCGGCCACUUCAUCGAGCUCGCGACUGAUGACGCCUCCAACCACAUGCGCACCGGAAGAUACGUUUACUUUUCAUCAAGCAGGGAGCUCGUCAAGGUCUCCAAAGUCCGCGGCCCGGUCACCGCCGCCAUGCUCUCCUCCGUUUGCAUUAACAGGAUAUGUCCCAUUGGCUCAGGCAGCAUUGUCCAGGACCAUGUCGUCGUCUCCUUUCCAUGGCACCGAAACGCGGGAAAAGUCCCUGCGCGCUGCGUCGCCCACUCGAGGACCCUUUCGUAUUCUAAGAUGCUACAGACGGCCAAAGAUGCGGGAUUCGCGGGAUAUGGCGGCGUCGGCGAUGUCAUGCCCCUCACCCCAGAGUCGGGUAUUGCGAGGGUGCUGGAAAACUCGUUUCAUGGCAUUGGCUCCUUUGGCGUUUUUGCCUCUACUAUCGUCCCGUCGCGGUUCGGCUUUGGCGCAGAGGCCGAAGGCCAUCGCACGCCGUUCGAGGUCGGGCAAUGGGCUGUGCCAUCGCAUAUGUUGUCGUGCCGCAAUUUCCGAACCCUUCUUCUGGGGAUAGAGGCUAACGAUAUCACAUCAUUGCGCUCGCACUUUGUCACCAUGUACGGGCAUGUGAAUGCCCAAGGGACUAGGCCAUUGCGGAGUAGUGUGAAUUUGAGUCAUAGACAGAAUCAAGGGGCCACAGGGGAGGCAGAUAUUCGCGGACAUCAACGACUGGAGCCUGGGGCGCCUACCCAGAGUUCUGUGCGUUCAAUGGAGUUGCUAUCUCUGUCUGCUGAGAAUAGCGGCGUGGCUCCCAUCACUGAAGCAGAAGCUUUUAGAGGGGCGAGGACGACGGGUAUCGGAAGCAACCCUCAACCGCCACCACCUUUCGCUAUGGGGGCACCACGGGCCGAGACAAAUGUAACGGGAAUGGGAGAAGUGCGUGGCGGGCCAUCAUCACAAAAAGGAGGUCGAGAUAUGGGUUCUCUGCCAACAUUCGGUUCCUCUGGUCUGCUACUCCCCAUUCAACCGCAGAUGGACGUCCCUCGGACACAAGCAUUCUCUUCUGCCGUUGACGAAGCGUUGAAAGUGGGUCCUAGUUCUGUUGUAGAUACAAUUGAAGCGGCUGUGUCUGUAGAGCCUGUAGCAAGCUCACCUGGUGUGCAUACCGGGGCGACAUCGGCACUCGUCGCUCCUGGUGGCCCGAGUAGCGGGAUCACACCCGCGUCGGUGGGCGGAAGGGUUCAGGAGGGAGGAGAGAAGAAGAGCGAGGUAGUUUCUGUAAGCGCUCCCACAUUUAAGAAGACGCUUCCAGCGCCGACCAAGAACGAGAUUGUAAUUAGGAAUCGGAUAUCUGCACAGAGAAGCAAUGAAAAGCGGCGACGGAAAAUCGAGGCGACGCGGACUGAACUCGCAUAUCUGCGGACGACGUAUUUGCCCCAAUUGCAACACAGACGGGGUAGUCUGCUCACCGAGAACCAAACUCUUCGGCAGAGGUUUAUGGAAAAGUACCAACAACAAGGAAUUGAGUCGUUUUUUUAG